CUAGGUGCUCCUUUUCUUUUUUUUGGAUAAGCAAAUUUUUUUGUUCAUUGGCUAAUUGCCACUGAUUUAGUGCUGCUCGGAAGCUUUUGAUUCUAAUUUAUGUUACACGGUGGACUGGAAGUAUUUUAAGUGUCAAUUUUAAAUGAUUCACCUGAAGGUUGUGCCUCAAUUAGUAGAAGAACAAGCGUAGCACAUUUUACAACCAAAUUAAGGAAAUUUUUAGGUGUUUUUUUGUGAAUGGUUUCUCUGGAAUCUUUGUGAAGAAAUUUUCCAAAAAUGUGUUUCUCUGGAAUUUUCCAAAGCUAUUUUUUGAGGAUGUGAUUCUAUGGUGUUCUCCACUCACAAAUCUUCCAAAACUAACUAUCCAAACACAUUUUCGUUUUUCAUGGUUAAAAGAAAAGUUUUGUCAGAAAACUUCUUUCAAAAGUUAUCUGAACAACUCUUAUAAAAUUCUGCAAUGAAAACAUUAGCAAAUUGAUGAAGUUAGUAAUAAGAGCAUCUCUUUUCAAAACAACAUUUGAAAUGUUUGCAUCUGGUGAUGGAUGAGUUUAAUAUGCUAAUGAAUUUUAACUCAGCAUUUUCAGAAGGUACAACUUUGGUGGUGAAGGAAUGAGCAGUUCUUUUGGUGGACCGGCUAAAAUCCUCAAAAAGAGCUUUAUUCGGACCUCUCUGAGGCGUGCCGUCUUUUCUGAUCUCAUUACCAAAAAUGAGUGUUAUGAAGCAACGUAUACCAUCCAACUUCCCUUGCAAUGCAGAACUUGAGGUGGACAAGAUCAGCAACUUACCAGCACCGAUUGUCGACAAGAUUUUGUCUCAUUUGUCACUUAGGGAUGCUGUGAGGACAAGUGUCUUGUCCAGUAAAUGGAGAUAUAAAUGGGUUACUCUUCCAAACCUUGUAUUUGACAAUCAAUCUCUUUUGAUCUCUUCCCAAGACCAAACCUUCAUAAAAAAUAAGAUAGUAAACAUUGUUGAUCAUGUUCUCUUACUUCAUUCUGGUCCCAUACACAAGUUCAAGCUUUCUCAUCGGGAUCUUCAAGGGGUGUGUGAUAUUGAUAGAUGGAUUCUCUUUCUCUCAAGGGGUUCCAUGAAGGAAUUUAUUCUUGAAAUAUGGAAAGGACAUCGCUACAAACUCCAUUCUUCUAUAUAUCUUUGUCAAAAGUUGAUCCACUUGGAGCUUUUUAAUUGUCUUCUAAAACCUCCUCUCACGUUCAGUGGUUUUAAAAGCCUGAAAAGCCUCGAUCUUCAGCACAUCACCAUGGAACAGGAUGCAUUUGAGCAUCUCGUAUCAAGCUGCCAUUUACUUGAGCGGCUUACACUGAUGAAUUUUGAGGGGUUCUCUGAUCUUAAAAUCCAUGCACCAAAUCUCCUCUUCUUUGACGUUGGAGGCAUCUUUGAAGACAUCAAUUUCAUGAACACAUUCAAUCUUGCCAUCGUUUCUAUUGGGUUAUAUGUAAAUCCUGGAUUUGACAGAAAUCUUUCUCUAGGCAGUGCUGGAAAUUUGGUCAAGUUUUUUGCUCAUUUGCCUUGUCUUCAAAGGCUCGAAGUACAGAGCUUCUUCUUGAAGUAUCUGGCUGAUGGUAAGGUACCAGGAAGACUACCUACGCCUUGUGACGAGCUUAGUUUUCUUUCGAUACGCAUAAAUUUCAACCAUUUGGAUGAGUGUCUUGCAGCACUUUGCCUUCUCAGAAGUUCUCCCAACCUACAAGAGCUUGAGAUGUUGGCACGCACAGAAGAACAAAGUGCUUUGAGAACAGUUUCCGAUGUUGUGGAAGAGAAUUAUCAGAAUUGUCUGUUUAAUCAAUUGCGGCAUGUUAAGAUUGCCGGUAUAUCUGGCCUUAAACAAGAGCUGAAUUUCAUCAAUUUUCUGCUUGCAAAUUCACCUAUUCUUGAAAGGAUGACAGUAAAGCCAGCUUCAGUUGAUGGUGCAUGGGAGAUGCUAAAAGAGUUGCUUCGCUUCAAGAGAGCUUCGGUACAAGCUGAAAUUAUUUACCUUGACCCUUAAUUGAUAGCAUGUCUUGGCUGGGGAGCCUAAGGCCUAGUAAGAUAUAAGGGUGUCUACUAUGGAAUUUGACUAUAUUAGUUCAGCAUCUCGUGUAGAAACUGAGCUAGACUGUCUGAUGAAACUGAUGUUAAAUGAAAGCACCAACGUGAUCGGCGGAGGGAUUGGAAACAGAAAGAUGAUCAAAAUACUGAAUUUUUUUUCUUCUGUUGGUCAGUGUUUGAUCUCUGAAAACGUCCUCGUAGAAGUCAUGAAGUUUCUGAACAAUACAACUAGUUGUAUAUUUGUACUACUUCCGUAGAUUGGGAGAUGAGUUCAGAGAGCAACAGAUCCCUCUUGUUCUUCUCUGAUGUUAAACCCCAAUGCGUGUGUUGUGCUCAUGUUGGAAGUGUUGUCAAACGUGUUAUUAUUGUCUUGAAGAAGGUAGUAGAAUUAACCCCUCUUA